AUGAACCAGGCCAUGCAAAGCCCGGAAGGUCAAAUGGUAGGAGAACAUACUGACAUCAUAUACCAUUGGUUCAAUAGUGCUGACUUUGGUAGUGGUGAGGAAAAACCGGCUUGCCUCAAUUGCCAACGGCAAGGCGAGCCAUGCGAUUAUAGCAUCCGGUUGAACUGGGGAGGCCGAAUGAAGCAACCAGCUGUUGAAUCCCGAAAUCCCCAGUCAGGUAAGCAAGGAGGAACUUUGCUCACUUCAGGGAGUCCAACCGAUGGGUUUAUAAAAUCUCGACCUAGGGAUCUGACCUCCCCAGCGACAAUCUCCCCAAGCACGCCAGCCCCGGAGGCCCUUUUUGACUCGCCCAGGCCUCGCUCUGGAUCUGGCUCGGUGACCUCACCGUCACAACUGGAAAUUCAAUUUGCUUCGACUUGGGCGGAACAGACACCUCCUAUGGCGACUUCGACUUCUUCCAGGGGCCCGUUUCAAUAUUUUUCCAAUCAAACAAUAUUGGAAGACCUGUCAUUUAACUUCCACGCCAAUUCUGUGUCUCGGCCGGAAUCCUUUCUUCGUCACUCUAUUCAUGCAUCCAAUCGCCUAUCUGAUUCAUCCGUGCAUCAGAGCCAAAGUGAGGACCAAUUCACCAAACCUGAAACCCCUUUACAGGGUGAUACUGGUUUAGACAUCGCGGUGGGUGGCAUGGGGAGCCAAGCUGGCCAUUCUCAUCGCUCUCUCGGUACCCCAGGAAUAUCUUCUUUUUCAGUUCGCCCCCAUGACAUCUCAAGCUUGAUAAACAGUCCUGCCUCGUCCCCAAAGACCACUGGAGCUACCAGGGUCAUAGGGCCGACAGAUCAUCAACUUGGCGAAUCGAUUCAGGAUGCCGAAAAUGAACAUGCAAUCGAUUCCUCUGCAGCCCAGAGCAGAUGGAAGGCAUAUCUCACCAGCGUGACCGACAAUUAUGGGUUAGAUUGCGGGCGCCCGGACCAAGACAUGACAUUGAACAAUGACCAUGCAGCCAUUGAUAUCAACUAUGCCUUGGAUUUAAUCAGCUCUCGGUGGCGGAAUGAAGAGAAGCUAAAUCCGGGGGUGCCGUGGCCUGCAUUUGAAAUACCAACACCCGGUUAUACCGAGUAUUAUUCGUCGCCAGUGCCAAUCAACAUUCCACGAUAUUUGUCUCCACUUCCAUCGUCGUUGCUGGAGAACCCGAUCAAUUUGAUGUAUUUCCAUCAUUUCCUCGACCAUACGUCCCGAAUGCUGGUUCCGCAUGACUGUGACGACAAUCCAUUCAUCUCAGUCUUGCCGUCAAUGGCCGUUGGCGACUCCAACUUGCUCAAUUUAUUGUUGGCUUACUCCGCUAGCCAUCGUGCCCGGUAUCUAGGGCAUCCUGAGCCGGCCACUCGCAUUGCGCACUGGGUCCGCGAUGUUUUCCCCACCCUGCGUGUGGCAUUGGAAGCAUCCCAUGAAAACAUCACGGAUAGUCAUUUAGCCACAGCCAUCUUGCUUGUGUCCUUGAAAAUCGUCUCCCCGGGGACAUUCGAGGUCCCCAUCACAUGGCAAAGCCAUCUCAAACUCGCCCGUGGCUUGUUCCUUGCGCGGAGUGAUAGUUUGCCACGUCCUGGCAACCGAAUCGGGGCGUUUUUCGCGCGGUGGUUGGGCUAUAUCGACACGAUGGGAGCCCUAUCCUGUCGCCAAACCGGGCCCCCAUUGAUGCUGUAUCAUUCCAUUGUGAUGGGUUGCCGUCCUCCUGGUGGCCACGACGAGUUUGGCAUAGAUUGCUUCAUGGGAUUCACCUCGCAAACAGGAGUGUUCCUCAUUAGGCUUGCGCGACUUGUCCAGCAAUGCGACAAUCAGCGCUUUGAUGAAUUGGGGAAUUUCCGGCCAGACUGGCACCCUUCUGCAGACAUGGUCAUGGAAGCCCAGGCGGUUCUUAGCGAUAUUGACGAUCUUAGUGAGCGCGCCCACAUCAACCCGACCCAUCACAAAGGUGUAGAGGCCGUGGAUAUGAUGGCCAUAGAGCAGGCGUUCCGGUAUGCAGGGUUACUGCACCUACACCGAAGGGUGCUGGGGUCUCCUCCCAAAUCCUUUGCAGUCAAAGAUGCCUUUUGCAAGCUCAUCGAUGCUUUGGGGCAGAUGCGUCCCGGAGCAUCCACGGAGGUUUGUUCUCUGUUCCCUUUGUUCACAGCCGGUUGCGAGUCUCGGGACCCCGUACAGAGAGCCAGGCUAUUGGAUCGGUUUCUGGUCUUAGAGAAAUCGGGCAUGAAGCAGAUUCAGAAUGCUCGUCAAUUGAUCCAGCGGUGCUGGGACACGAACCUACCCUGGGUCGCACUGGCUGAAGGGCAGUUCCUCGGUUAG